AUGAUGUCCGAGAGGGCCUUGCUGAAGGAGCGCUACCAGGAGGUGCUGGACAAGCAGAGGCAAGUGGAGAAUCAGCUGCAGGUACAGCUUAAGCAGCUCCAGCAGCGCAGGGAAGAGGAGAUGAAGAACCACCAGGAGAUCCUGAAGGCAAUUCAGGAUGUUACGAUCAAGCGAGAAGAGACAAAGAAGAAGAUGGAGAAAGAAAAGAAGGAGUUCUUGCAGAAGGAGCAGGAUCUGAAAGCAGAAAUUGAGAAACUCUGUGAGAAAGGCAGAAGGUUGCUGAAGGAGCAGGAGGAGAAGGAAAACAAGAUUGCGUCUCUGAUUGCAGAGCAAUCCGAUGAGAAGCAGCUGUGGGAGAUGGAGCUGGAUAAGCUGAAGAACCAGCACAAUGAGAUCAACAGGAACAUUCUGGAGGAGACGGAGCGGGCCUGGAAGGCAGAGAUCCUGUCCCUGGAGAGCCGAAAGGAGCUGCUGGUGUUGAAACUCGAAGAAGCAGAGAAAGAAGCAGAGCUACACCUCACCUACCUCAAUUGUGCUUGCAGGUCUGCGCCACCCACGCUGGAGACGAUGAGGCCAAAGCAGGAGUGGGAGAUGAGGCUGAACAGGAUACGAAUGACCAAGGAGAGCGUCCGAGAUCAGUUCAAUGACCACAUUCAGAUGGUGAGAAACGGCACAAAGCUGAGCAGCCUCCCCCAGAUCCCAACGCCGACGCUGCCACCGCCGCCCUCAGAAACAGAUUUCAUGCUGACGGCAUUCCAGCCCAGCCCGUCCCUCACUCCCAGGCUCCCGUUUCCCAUCGGCCCGGUUCCCGUUCCCAUGGUCAUGCCCAGCGCCGAUCCUCGGGCGCUCUCCUUUCCUCUCCUGAACCCCGCCAUCUCCAGGCCCAACCAGCCUUCCCCGCCGCUGCCUGCGUCCCAGGGCAGGAGCAGCCCCGUCGUGGCGUCGCUGAUGGGCACGCACAGCUCUCACAUGCCUCCCGCCACCUCCAUCCCUCCUCCGCCGGGCCUGGGAGGAGUCAACGUCGCUCCAGAGUUUCACAGGCCGCAGCCGGCCGAUAAACUGGAGAAGCUGCUGGAGAAGUUGCUGGUUCGGUUUCCACAGUGCAACAAGGCCCAGCUCACCAACAUCCUGCAGCAGAUCAAGACGGCUCGGAGGACCAUGGCGGGUCUGACCAUCGAGGAGCUGCACACUGCCAAGCUGGCGGAGCAGCAGGAGCGGGCAGCGGCCGGGGCUCAGCCUCUCGGUCGGAUCAGGGCCCCCAUGUUCUCGGCUCCGCUGCCUCAGAUCAGCACGCCCAUGUUCCUGCCCCCGGCCCAGGUGGCUUAUCCUGGAACAGCGUCACACACCCCGGCUGCCUGUAAGCUGUGCCUGAUGUGCCAGCAGUUGGUGCAGCCCGGUGACCUGCACCCCAUGGCCUGCUCACACAUUCUGCACAAGGAGUGCAUCAAAUUCUGGGCACAGACCAACACAAAUGACACUUGCCCCUUUUGUCCAAGUCUCAAAUGACGGCUACUCGAACAACGCGGUGCCACGGGAGGAGCUGCUGUGAAUAGACAGGAUCAGUCCGAAGAUUUCUACAGUUCUAUAUUUAUACGACCAUGUAUACACAUGUACAUUUUUAUUAUAUAGGUAAUGUGUGUAUAGAAAGUCUGUAUACAUACAAAUUCAUAAAUAAAGUGUGUAUAUUAUGCAGUGA